AUGAACAAAACAGGUGGUCGUCGUCUACCCGAGUGGUCAUACAAACAAGCCAGUCGCCACCUGAAAAUGCAGGAACUCACCACCGCCACAGCUGCCGCCAUCCCGCAGGUUGUUAUUGUCACUGUGUUGGUGGUAGCUGCUGUGUGUAUCCUGAGGAGGUGCGGUAAACGCUCACGUUCCCACUCUGGAGACCAUGAACAAAACAGGUGGUCGUCGUCUACCCGAGUGGUCAUACAAACAAGCCAGUCGCCACCUGAAAAUGCAGGAACUCACCACCGCCGCAGCUGCCGCUGUACUAUUCAAAGCUCACGCCAACAGCCCAAGCCUGGAGACCUGAUUGAGAUUUUUCACAAUGGCUAUGAGCACUGGGCCAUCUAUGUGGGAGAUGGCUACGUGGUCCACCUGGCACCUCUAAGUAAGUGCCCCAAGGCCGGCUCCACCAGCUUCUCCUCGAUUCCAAGCGACAGAGCAGUGGUGAAACAGGAGCGCCUGGAGGACGUGGUGGGGGGCUGUCGCUACCGGGUCAACAACGACUUGGACCACAACUAUAAGCCACUUCCUGUGAGCGAGAUCAUCAAAUCUGCAAAGGAGAAGGUUGGUCAGGAGGUCGAGUACAGUUUUGUGACAAAGAACUGUGAGCACUUUGUCACCGAUCUGAGAUACGGCAAGGAACGCUGCAGGCAGGUGGAAAGGGUUGCAAUUGGAGGACUUGCAACCACGGUAUUCGGAAUUCUGGGUGCCAUUGGACUCGCUGCUGUUAGUAGGAUACAGCAAAGCCAGUGACAGCCUGAAGCAGCCACAAAAUCCUGUUUUAGUAGCAGCUGUGGACACCCCAGAGGGGACAGGCCUCCCCGGCUCCUUGUCUUCCUGACCCUCGCUCUCUGUCUCAGGCUGUCUCUAGUCCUUCCCUCUCUCCCCAUCCCC